CUUUUUUCUAGGAUUAUAAUAUCUAAAAUUAUGUACAAUAUGUUUUCUCGGACUGUCUUAUCCAAACAGCAACAAUGGAAUGCAUACUGCACCACGGUUCCACUGGCAACAGGGCAUUAAAGCAAACUCCUACGACUAACUUCACGCUUGAACAGUCAUGUUUUCGGUUGGUUAUGUCAUAGAUAAAGACGUGUAUGGGUUCUUGUCUUUCUGAGUUCUGAGUUCUGGUACUUGUCUUUAUCUAUGUAUGGGUUAUGUUUCCGCAUCAGUUGUGCAUCAGUUGAACCACAGACUACAUACUAUUGAACAGUCUGUGAGUUGAACAUUUCCAGUCUGAUUCGCAGAUUAAAAGGAACAACUUUAUAUAAAAGUGUGUGUGUAUACAGUUCUAUGAACAUCUAUGAGUAGUGCGCGUGUGGAUAAAUCGAUUAAAAUGUCCAAAGAAGUAGACAUUAAGCCCCCCAACCACAUUGUCGACGAUUGGAGUUUCAAUUUCCAAGGUGCUGGCAAGAUAAGUUCAUGUUUCGACUCUACUAACUUUAAUCUGGACGAAUCGUAUCCCGUUCAAGUGACCCACAUAUACGACCCUUCACAUUUCUGGAUCGUUACCAGAAUCGCGGAAAUUGAUGCUUUCCACCACUAUAUGCACGACUUUUAUAAAAAGUACACGAGGUAUUAUCGAAUUCCGCUCGAACACCUUAAACUGAACAUGUACUGUAUGGUUCACAUUGAUACACGGUUCUACAGAGGCAUCUUAACCAAUGUGCCUUUGCUUGGCGAUGCCCAAACGUUGGGUUUUGUAUUUUUGAUUGACUAUGGCAGUACAGCCAAAGUGCCCCUUGAUCAAUUGUAUUUCAUGACCGAGGCGAUGUUUGAUGUGCCAGCGUUUGCAGUUCGAGCCAGUCUGCAAGGAUUAGGGCCUUUGGAAGGAGAUUCGUGGCCAGUGGAUCUCGCGGACGAAUUGUGGAAAUUAGUGACCACCGACUGUCUCGUCGGUAAAGUCACGUACAUCUGCAGCACAAACAAAGUGCUAUUUUUAAAACUUUUCAACCUCAACGACAAUAAUCGCGAAUCGAUCAAUGAUCAUUUCGUAUCUGAACGUUUGGCGCGACAAAUGUCCACUUUCGAUGUUAAAGAGAUGAAACGCUCCCAAAAGGAAAAGCGUCUUCCUGUCCUACCAUUCCUACAGCCAUCAUUUGCGGAACUGGAAACAGGAGCCUGUACGGAUUCGAGUAAAUUGGCUGAAUUGAUCAAAGAGUUUCAGCCCUUUGCUAAAAUGUGAUCUACAGUGGCAACUUUAAUUUAAUGUUACUUUUAAAAUAGCUGACUGUAUUGCCAGUAUAACACUUUCCCGCGCACUUAAAAUACGCUCUUUAAUAAUAUGCCGAGUGAGCCAGUUUAUACAAUCAAUGAAGACACUUUGCCCCGCCUUUGAGGCCCUUUGUGUCAACAAUUUGUAAUUUUACUUACGUGAUAUUAACAUAGGUAGUGUUAAGUGUAUAUUUUAGUUUCACAUGCUGUGACCAUAAGACUGAGACCAGAAUAAUGUUAAGUGUACAUUUUCAAAUUGUUCAAACUUAUCUUUAGUUAAAUCUACGGGUUUCAAUUGAAAUGAAUCAAUAUUAUCACGAGCAGAACAAAUAAAUGUAGAAUUUACUUUAACAGCAUUCUGUCUAGGUUUUUUUUGCAUCUGGCAGAUCAGAUUGGCUAGACUUUGCCAAAAUUUGUUAAUGCCGUUGAAAUUGUGCAAAAAAUCUGAAUCUUUAGUAUUUCUGUUAGUAGCAUAGUCGGCAUAAUAUCAGAAUUCAAUAGAGUUUAAUUUUAAUGCGGGAAAGAUGUUUUACAUAUGAUUUCGCCAAGAAGUAUUAAGGUAGAUAAUUCCUACUGAAUAGCUAAUAAAAAUAAUGUUAUUUAAUAAAAUUGUUCAAAAAUCA